AUGGCUCUAUUGUAUCAUCAAUGGUAUGAUACAGACAUUACGGCUGUUCCCGCAGCGGGAAGUCAUUUCCGUGAAGUGCGGCUCUCGUGGUCCUACACAGAUCCAAAGAGAAGAGAAACUCUUCUCGUUCUUCUUCUUGCCGCUCCCGCAGCUAUCACAGCAGAGACGAGUGAUGAUAAGAGUACAUUAUAUGCAUUAAAGAUAACACUAUUUAAAUCCGCAGAAACAGAAGGAAAAGGAGGAAUAGAGACAGGGAAUGAAAUCCCAACAACAACAACACCAAAAGAAGAAUUACAUAGUGCCGUAUUUGAAUUACACAAUUCACCGGAUGUUUCUGUUAUAAAAGGAACAAGUGGUCUUGUUUUUAUUUCUACACGGCAAUUCUUUUUCCUUUCUUCAUCUGAGGAAAAGGAAUUGGAUCGUUUUGUUUACAUUCAUGAAUUUGGAUGGGAACGACAACAACAAGUAAUACGACCAUUAAAAGAUAUAGAAUCUAUUCAACAUGUAUUUAUGGAGGAAAAGGGGGAUAUGGAUAAGCAACUUCUUCUUAUUACACGCAUUCCUUCUCCUCCCUUAUCAUCAGAGUUAUGUAAAAAUAAUAAUAAUAAUAAUAAUAAUAAUAAUAAGAAUAAUAAGAAUGUAAGUGUGGUGGAUAUAUUAGUGGUUGCAUCAAGGAAAGAGUGUAAAGGAAAAAACGCAACAUCCAAAGAUCGUUUGGUAUCAUUGGCAAACAAAAGUGGACUCUCAUUAGGAUUAUCGCAUGUAAAAGAAAAAAUAGCCACUACAGCCUCAUCCUUCACAUCAUUCUCAUCAGCAGCGAGAAAAGAAAAUGAAAAAGAAUCAUUAUAUACUUUUAUUCUCGCAGUUGUGCGGUGUAGUAUUGGGAGUACACGUAUUGCAACUGCGGAAUGGGAACUUAUGCAUCUUUUCGUUGAUCGUGCCGUACCAUUUCAACGUUAUGUUCAUGAUAUCAUUACACGUGGAUCCUCAUGGAUCCCUACUACUAGUAAUAGUAAUAAUAAUAAUAAUAAUAAUAAUAAUAAUAAUAAUAAAUCUACAGAUACGAUAGUAAAACCAAAUCAAUGCACAUGGUGUUUUCUACAAUACCCAGUGACGAUACCUGCAGAGAAGUCCAUACGACGUGGUGUAGUGAUCGCGUUAGUGCCACGAUGUAAUAAUGAUUACUUUACUGUUGUGUGUGGUGGUUUUGAUGUGGAGAGUCAAGUCUAUCGAUUGGGGUUUGUGAGUGGUGGAAAGACGGCAGGGUGUAGUGCUGGUAGUAAUAGUCCACAAGAGAUGAUGAUAGAGGAAAUGGAUAGUCCUGAGGAAACACUAUGGAGUCUUGCAGAGGAUACACAAACAGUACAGAUGUGUAUGUUGGGAAAACCAGUGGAGUGUUUAUGUGGAGAAGAGAAGGAAGUGUCAUUCGUAAACAGUGCAUCACAAGAUGCGGGUCCUCAUAUACAUGGAGGUAUGCAUUCUGUGAAGCAUACAAAUCCUGUUGGAAUGACUGGUAUUAGAGGGAGAAGUAAUAGUCAUCUCUAUACGCAUAGUAAUAGUGUUCAUAGUAAUAGUAGUUGGAUGCGGCAUACAGGAUUAGCCAUGGUACUUCGCUUUGUAGUGGAUUUCCUGGAUGAUGGUUUAACGAGUAUAGAUGGUAAUAAUUUAAUUGAUAAUAAUAAUAGUAGUAGUAAUAAUAAUAGUAAACAAAGACGUGAACAGGAAUUAUUAUUACCGCAGGGUCUUUAUAUUACUACUAUUCUUCCAACAGAGAAAAGUCGUCAUGGUCGUUUUCCACUUCCACAUUCUCUCUGUUGGUUAAAUACCAUUCCAUUACCAAUUGGUCAAGCCGCUACAAGUACAGUUCUCUUCACAGAGGGAGAGAAUAGUAAUGAACGUCCAUUGUUAAUGAAUAGGAGUUGUAGUCAUAAUAAGAAUGGAAUGUGUGUAGUAAAAAGAAGAGAAAUUGCAGAGGAAGAGACUACUUCCUGGUAUCAUGUACUGCCAACCUCAAUGAUAUCAACAUUUCCUGUUCGUAUGGGAGAAGAAGGGGCGGUUCGUUGUUUUGUGAGUGUAAAUGCUUUGCUAAAGAAAACUAGAUUAACCUUCACUGUUGAGAUGGGAGGAAUGAAUACAAUCCCAACAAGAACAACAAGAACAACUCCAAGAACAUCAACAAGAACAACUCCAAGAAUAUCACCAACAGCGACACCAAAAACAGCAGGAAUAACAGGAAAAAUAAGACAAAAAACAACAACUUUGGAUUCUUAUGUUCCAUCUAAAUUAUUGCGGGUUGCACACUUAAUGUAUGUUCGACCAACCAUAACUGGAAAUAGGAACCCUGUGCAUGAUACUAUAGAUAGUAAUGUUGACACCUCUGUAGAUGAUGAGAAUGGUAAUAAUAGUAAUAGUGAAGAAGAGGAAAUGAUGUUGGCUGUAUGCCUAGCGCGUGCAGUGGCAGCGAAAGAAAAUAAUAAUACAUUUGAUGAAAAUUCCCAACAAUCUCUUCUUACUGUUAAUCCUACUAUUACUAAUAAUACUAUUACUAAUACUAAUACUAAUAUUAUUAGUGAUAUUCCUAUAUAUGAUUUCCUGGAAGAUUGGGCUGCUGCGGAAACGGUGAUAUAUGAAGUCUGGCGUCAUGUUGCUAUGACUAAACACACUUCUACCACCAUGCGGUUCCUUGAUUAUUUAACAGAAUCCACAGAAGUAUUAGAAACACAGAAUAAUAACAAUAAUAAUAUUAUUACUACUUAUGUUAAUGAUGAUAAUGAUAUACUAUUACUAGCCAACUCCCUACGUCGUUUUCUUUUAGCCUUUUUAAUUGAACUCGAUUGGACCACACAGUGUGAUAACAGACUCCUUCGCUAUGUUGUUUUAUACAUGCUUGGGGCUGUGAAUGUAUAUACACAACUCCCACAAACACGAGAAGAUUCCAUGCGUGAUGGAAAUUCAUUUAUUCCACUCUUAACGCCUAAUGAAAGACGCGGUAUGUGUGUAUUACUUUCACACAGUAAAGCCUGGUCAUCUCUUGCCAUUGCCCUCUUUGCAUGGGUUAAUCAUUCAUCAUUAGAGAGAAAUGGAGAGACAUUGGUAUUAGAAGAUGUUGUCCAUGCAUGGGAGGAAAUGACUGUAGAUUACACAGAAAAGAAAAAGGAGGAAAUUACCUUUGAGUCUAUUUUGCAGCAGUUAUGUAGAUAUCAAGAUGCUGGGAAGUAUCAACAUGCCGUUGCGGCACUUGUGCGAGGAGGUGUAAACAUGCGAGGUAUUCUUUCACUUGUGGGAUGGAAAGGGAAUGAAAUACGUAUGAAUGCUUCUAUCAUUUUACUUCGAUUGUUCUUGGAAGUGUCAGCUGCAUGUGAGGAGACUAUUAACAUUACUAAUAAUACUAGUAUAAUGACUGCAGUAGAAAUUUAUCAACUUGUGGAAUCUACAAUAUGUAGACUUUUUCCAAAGAAAGAAGAUAUCCCGUAUGAACUACCAGAAUUAUUAUAUAAGUGGAAUUUUGGCUUUUUAGAAGGUUGGCCUCUUCAUACUAUAUACGGUGGUUUACCGUUCAUCUAUUUACUCUUUUAUAUUGCUAGUGUUGGUGAAAAGUCUAAUACCGAUUAUGAUAAUGAUAAUAACGUCCAUCUUAAUAAUAAUAAUAAUAAUAAUAAUAUUAUGAAGGCCGUACAUGUACUCUGUUGGCUCGCUGCAGAUACAGUCAAUCGCUCAGCAGAAGUAUUGAAUAUACUCUGCGAGGCAAAGAUACCAUUAAUGUCACUCUCUUUUACAGAAAAAACAAGAGAGACUUCUCAUGACUCCCAUACAGAUGUAUCCUCCGUCAGUGAUGGUAAUCAUAAUAAUAAUCAGAGAAGUAAUAAUAGUAAUAGUAAUAGUAAUAGUAAUAAUAAGGCUUCUUGUAGAGCUUUUCAUUACUUAUUGGCUUCUCCUACACUAUCUCUAUUAUCACAUGCUCUCACAUCCACCAUCAUUGACACUCAUCAUGUAAAUUAUGAUAAUAAGGAUAAAAAUAUUUUUAAUGCGAAGAACUUUAUUCUUCAGAUGUGGAAUCUUGUACUUGAAGGCGAUGAGUCCGCAGCAUUUAAUCCUAAUCUCCUUCGACAAUUAUAUACAUCACUUCAAUCUUAUAGUAAUAUUAUUCCACAGGGAAAUAGUCGUGAAACUCCAUUAUUAUUAAUGGAUUUCUUACGGCCUGUUUUCAUAUCAACUCUUCCACGAAUUCUCGCAGCGGUUGGUGAUAAACGAGAAACAGUUGGAAGUGCACUUGUAGCGAUUGCCGCAGCAACUCCAAUAACUACAUCCACAACAAUAUCAACAACAACAUCAAUAACAAUAAUAACAACUAGAGGAGGAUCAACAGGAAUUGUGCAAUUGUUAGAUCCUCCUUUAGAUGAGAGUGAGAGUCUUGAAAAGGUCUGGCGUACGAUCAUACAUGAAGUUAAACAAUUACUAUUACUAUACGCAGAUGAUAGUCUUGAAGUUCAAUGUCUUUCUUUGUUGUUUACAGCCUUUCGAGCCUGGUCUAAUGCCUUAUUAGAGUAUUCUAGUCAAGUGAGAGGUGGGUUUGGUCCAAUGAUAAUAGAGGAAGAAGAAGUAAUAUUUACAUUCUCUCCAGCAGAAAUGUAUUUUCUGGCUUUGCAGAUACUCUCAAAUGAGUCUGCUCGGUUUGUUGUGGCCACAGAACUCAUUCGUCGAAGUCUUCAACCACACUUAUUGCAACAACUAAAUAAUAUACUACCAGAAGAAGAAGAAAAAGAAGAAGAAUUAGAAGAAGGUGUGAAUAAGACUUCUACAGAUACCACUAUGAAUAUUGGUACUAGAGGAAGUGAUGAUGAUCAUCAUCAUAAUUAUUAUAAUAAUGAUGAUAUCAGUACUACUUCUACCAAGCGAGUAUUAUGGCGUGGUAGUAAGAUCUAUUUAAAUGAUAUUAUAGAAAGUAUGAGUCUUAUCUUUUCUGCCUUUGAAAAGACCGCACCACUUUAUGCACAUGCCUUACUUUUUCUUAUUUUAGAUGAGGCCGCUGCUCUUACACAGAUGAAUGAAAGAGAUACAGGCGUCGUGAUUGGAAUGCGAGGAGAGAGACGGUUUCCAUUGGAAGUUCGUCAAGAGAUGCUUCACUAUACACAAAGAGCCGCUAAUGCGGAGUGGAUGAAAUUACAUCGACAAGAAAAGAAAUUGAUUGCUUGUAUUUUAUCGGAUCGUUUAGAACUUCCAAAGGUAAAAGAUGUUGUGGAUGGGGCCUAUGUGGAGAGUGAAAUACAUUAUCAAACCCAACGAGUCUUUGAACGUGUACGGGAAACAAUGCAACAACGAGAAAUUAAUACAGUGUUAUUAAAUAGUUUAAGAAAAUCUUUCUCUCAUCAUACACAAACAGAGGGGAGCUUAGGAAGAAAAGAUGAUGAUAUUUCCUAUUCUUCUUCUUCUUCUUUACAUGCGGAAGAAAGAAUCUGUCCUUUCUCUACAAGUAUUAUGUUACUUGUACGAGAAGAGGCUUAUGUGCGACAACAUCUUCAACAACGUUUAUGGGCAAAAUAUAAUGAAUUCUUCAGCAAUAGUAAUAAUAAUAUGAAUAAUGAAUUUACGAUAGCGCUGGGAACAUUAUAUUUAGCCCUUCGUGAAGAGCAGCGAAGACGUGUAUUUGUUCGAUAUGUAUAUGAACAACAUGAUAUAAUAGCCACCUUUGUGUAUACUUUAUAUGUAGAUAUACGUGAAGCCUGCAAGAAUGGGGCUCGUCUCUUACUUCAAGACGCAUUAGAGGCUAUUCGUAAACGUAUACAUUAUCUAUUACUACAGGAACGAGAAUCCCGCACAGCUGUAGAGGCUCUUUAUUGGGCUCAACGUAGUGUAUUUAUCGAUAUGCAUCAACAGCAAUUGGCUUUAUUAGAGGCAGAAGAGCACUUGCGAGAACAAUACAUCACGGAGGAAGAUUUACAGCGGGAUGAAAUGUAUGAAAUGUUUGCGAGAGAAGAAUUAGAAGCCCAACGGCGAUGUGAGGAAAGAUUAGAAGAAGAGGCUUGGCGUUCAGAAGAGGCACUAUGGGCAGCCGAACAAGAAAAAGAAGAAAAAGAACAAGAAGAAGAAAAUGAUGAUGAACACACAAUGGUGGGUGGUGAGAAAGGGAAAUGUAUAGGAAAUAAACGUUCACGCACGAAUGCAUUUCUGCAAUGGCAGGAACGUCAAUUGGCCGCAGCAGCAGAGAAGGAACAGACAUUCACUACUACUACUAGUACUAGUACUAGUACUACAAACAUAACAACAAGAAAAGCUCUCAAGUCUACUAUAGUAGAGGAAGUAAAAGAAGAGAAAAAAGAAGAAGAAGAAGUGAAAAGAGAAGAUAUUUCACCAGCAGCACCUUCUCUAUCUAUUAAAGAAGUCUUUGCCCCACUUCUGCAAAGUGAAGAAACUCACCAGCGAACAGAUGAUGGAAGUAGUGGAUACCGUACACUAUUAGACUCCUCAGAUUCCCUCUUUAGUGCCUUCUCACGAUUACAAAAACAAAUUAUCUCUACUGUUGCCCCUCCCCCACCACCACACUCGCAGAGUGGUAAAAGUAAACAAACAACAAUGAUAAUGGAUCCACCUGUUUAUCAAUACAAAGAAAAAGAGGAAAAGGAAGAGAAGGAAACAGAAUAUGUAGAUCAACAAACACAUGCAUCUAGAGAAAUUCCACAUCCCAUUAUGGAGACGAAACUGGUGAGACCACAAACGAAAUCCGUCAAGGAUGAAUGGGAUGAGACAUUCGAGGCGGUCUCUUUUCCAUCCACACUGCGAGCACCUGAUGAAAGUCCUGCUGUGAACAGAGAAUUACCCACAGUUGCCCAAGAAGAAAAUGAUCAUCAUAAUAACAAAAACACUCAGAAGAUCCAACGCCUACGCCUGUCCUCAACAGCAGCAACAGCAGCAACGGGUAAACGUAAACCCCCGCGGAGACGUGGAUUGGGUGAAGUGGUAAACUUAGAUGCGGCACUGGUGGAGGAGAAAAGCACAGAACCGAUAAAACCACAACAACCACAACAACAAGAAGAAGAGAAGGAAAAAGAAGAAGAGAAGGAAAAAGAAGAAGAAAAGGAAAAAGAGCUUGAGAAGAAUAAUGAGAAAAAGAAUAACAUGAUUGAUCCCGCAUUGGAUAACACAGGUGUUGAAAGAGUGUUAAUUCCCACACAAGAAGUGAAGGAGGAUACUGUAAAGACUGAAGCCAUGAGUGUCAGAGAAGUGGCUUCUGUGAAAGAAGAAGAAGAAGAACAAAAACAAGAAGAGGAUAAUGAGUAUUCUAUGGCUGCUCCAGAGAUCCCAAUAGUACGAUCAAAGAAGAGAGAGGAAAAAGUCUCUCAGAGUGAAUUGUAUACAAUAAAAGCGGAGGAUAAUGGCAGUGAUAAUAACAAUACUGUUGCUAUGGAUUAUCCUAACAAUAAUGAUACUAAUAAUAAUAAUGAUACUAAUAAUAAUAAUAUAACGACGGAGAAGGUUGUGUUUGAGUUGUCUCCUGAACAAAUAAAGAUGUUGCAGGAUGAUGUGGAGGUGAGUCGAUUAGUUGUUUGUAAUGAAGAACGUUUAACACGUGCAUUUCUCGUUAGGCGUUUUCUUCUGGAGUUAUAG